AUGGCCGACGGCGGCAGCGGCGAGCUGGAGGCUGGCGGUGGGUCGGCGCCGGUGUGCACUUUCGUGAGGAAACCACCUAAGAACAUGCGGAAGCGCCUCGCCGCGCCCGUGGGAUCUGAUGACGACGACGAUGACGGCAGCAGCGGCGCCCUCGUGGCUACGAGCUCCAAGACACGGUCCUCAACCGCUGCCAAGCUCGUUUUCUCCACCGCCGACGCCUCCUCCGAGACACGGCGGUUCUAUCGCGCAACCGCCAUGCUUGACACGGAGAUGGAGUUCGACCGUGACGCACGCGCCAUCCGCGAGAGACCCGAGGAGUUCCUCAAGAAGAAUCCCUCCGGUGCCUCCGCCUCUGCUUCCGCUUCCGCCUCCGCCUCCAGGGGGGUGUACAAGGGGAUCCACGGCUACACGGACUACAAGGCUAGGUUCCUGUGGGAGCACACUGUGUCUAGCGAGAAGGCCGGCGGCGGUUCGCACGGCCCGCUCCGGGCGGUCGUCCACAUUCACGUUUCCCAGCGGUUCGACUACCAGCCCGACAUCUGCAAGGACUACAAGGAGACGGGGUAUUGUGGUUACGUCGAUUCCUGCAAGUUCAUGCACGACCGAGGGGAUUACAAGUCCGGGUGGCAGCUCAAGAAGGAAUAUGAGGAAGCCGAGAAGGCCCGCAAGCGGCGCAUUGCCAUGGGUGGUGGGGAUGGGAGUGAUGGUGAGGCAGCAGAUGAGGAUGAGGAUGAUGAGGAGGCACUGCCCUUUGCCUGCUUCAUUUGUCGGGAGCCAUUCGUUGAUCCAGUGGUCACCAAAUGCAAGCACUACUUUUGUGAACAUUGCGCUUUGAAGCACCACUCGAAGAACAAGAAGUGCUACGUCUGCCUCAAACCGACAGGGGGCAUCUUCAACGCUGUACAGGAGCUCCGCAAGAAGAUGGCACAAGACAAGAAGCAGCAGGAGUAG